AUGCUGAGUGUGGAGAUGUACCCCAGUCUGACUCUGGGGCCUCAACGGAUGGGAGACUGCUUCUACAGAGACCGGCAGGCUGCAGCCCACAUGCCGGUGUUCCCUCCUGCCUGUGAAGCCCCGCCCCCGAGGCUGCUGGCCCCGCCGCCCGGCCCCGCCGACCCGACCGCCAAAACCCCCAAAACCGACGUGAGGAUGGAGCUGGAGAACGCGUCUCUGUGGAAACAGUUCAGCUCUGUGGGCACAGAGAUGAUCAUCACGAAGAAGGGCAGACGGAUGUUCCCCGGGUUGAGGCUGAAGCUCUCGGGCCUGAACCCGUCUCUGCGUUACAUCGUCCUGCUGGACGUCAUCCCGGUGGACAACUCCCGCUACCGCUUCCAAGGCGGCGGCUGGCAGGCCGUCGGCGGGGCGGAGGCGAGGCUGCCGGACCGGGUUUUCAUCCACCCGGACUCGCCGGCCACGGGAGCCCACUGGCAGAGCCGCGGCAUCUCCUUCCACUACGCCAAGCUCACCAACAACACGCUGGACUCACAGGGACACAUCAUCCUGCACUCGCUGCAUCGCUACCAGCCCAGGAUCCACGUGAUUGAAGCCAGAGACGUGCUGCGGUGGGGCGGAGGGCAGCACGCCUUCGUUUUCCCUGAGACUCAGUUCCUCACGGUCACCGCCUACCAGAAUAACAAGAUCACAGAGCUGAAGAUCAACGCCAACCCCUUCGCUAAAGGCUUCCGAGCGGACGGCAUGAACAGCAAAAAACAAAGAGACGCGAGACAAAAGCGCAAGAUACCUGUCUCGACAGACAUCUUGGAUAUCGUGAACUGUGAUCCGUGCGACUCCACCGAGCUGCAGCCCGUAACCGCCGGCAACGACCUUCAGGCCCUCGCUCUGGCCUCGCUGCCCCGCCUGCCUGACCCCCCCUGUGGGUUCAGAGCUCAAGGAGCCUCCUACGGGGACGCUCUGGGCCCGGAGCAUCCGCUGGACCUCGGCCAGGCGUUCAUAUCUGACCUCGGCGCCUCCAUGGCCGACGGGAUGCAGGACGCGGCCGGAGGGGAGGCGGCCGCUCGCAGGAUCGACAGAUCCGACGCUAUUGGUGAACCAGCUUAUACAUCCACCUUCUCCGCUCCCAACUCCACCUCCUUCCCCCUAGCUCCUCUUCCUCAGUCCUCCUCCUUCCCCGACUCUUCAGAUACAUCCAAUCCCAUCGACUAUCCAUCCAUUCUCUCAUCUUCCUCCUCCUCCUCCUCCUCCACUCCCUUACUGCAGCAGACCUCCUUCGCCUUCCCCACGCCGCCUCCCUCCAACUCCUCCUCGCCACAGUCGCUCCUCUCCUCCUCCACCCCCUGUGUCAACACCUAUCACUCCAUCCCAGAGACCAUCAGCCCCGACACUCCUGCAGACGCCUCUUUUCCCGCCCCGCCUUCCUCGUGUGAGUCUGGCCUGCAGGAGCAGAUGCCCGUUCACUCGCUGCUCCUCCAACCCGCUCCUCCUCUGCAGGGGGAACCGAACAGCGGGAACAUCUCCUCCAUCGAUCAAAGCUCGGCAGCGUUCAUCUAUCCGAAUAUCCUUCCUGCUAAUCCGGACCCGGCUCCAGUCGCCGCUCAGUAUUUCCCCAACUACAGCCACCCGCAGGCUCACGGCCCGCCGUGCUCGCUCCCCUCUCACGGCGCCCCCGCCUCUUUUGCCUUCUCCUCUGUCCCCCCCCACAUGCAGAAUCUGUCAUUUCCCAAUGUGUCUCCCGGCUCCGCCCACCACGCCCUUCACCUCCCAAACCUGAGCCACCAAGCUCAGGCUUCGUCCCUGGCGGCUUCCUUCCCUCCCUCCUCCUUCCCUCACCCUUCCUUCCAGCCCUCUUCUUGCUUGGCUGUCUCCUCUUCCUUCCAGCAGUCCGCCUCCUCGGCUCCCUCAAUGCCCCCGACGGCUCAUCCUCAAAACCUGCGCUGCGCCUCCACCUCCUCGUACCCUCCGGUUGAGAUGCCAUCUUCCCACAUCCCACAGUUCAACCCUCCCGCGCCCUAUCGUCCAGAGAUGGUACUGCACCACUCGUCUCUUCCCCCCCAGCUGGAUGCAUCAAUUCCCUCCAGUCUUCCCUCCUCCACCCCUCCCCCAAACCUCUACUCUGUCUUUCCAUCCUACCCUCUCCGGCUUUGCCAGGACCCUCACUCAUCCCUCUCCAUCCCGUUCAGGCAUCUAUACAGAAACACCAACAUGGACACGCCCACCCCCAGGGGCCCUACCUGGAUAUGA